UGCCUAUUUUUUUUUUUUUCAUUUUUUCAUUUUUGACUUUGACAUUUCAUCUGCUUCUUCUUCUAGGGAAAGGGGGAGAAAGACGCCUCUUCUUAGCUCGAAUCCCUCCAAAUCCAAAUCUAAAUCUAAAUCCAAGUUCCUCUCCUCAAUCUAAUUGCAUAGCAUACUGAAGUUAGAGUAACCAUGUACGUUGAACAUGCCUUCUCGAUAUCUGACGAGGAUAUCAUGAUGGACACUCCCCACGCCAUUAACAAUCGGCCUCCGUACAAGGAGAUCGGCCUCGCUGUCGCUCUUCUCGUCUUUGGCACCCUUGGGAUCAUCCUGGGUAUUUUCAUGGCCGUCAACAAAGUCGGCGGUGACCGCGCCCAUGGGCUUUUCUUUGCAAUACUCGGAUCCAUUUUGUUCAUUCCAGGCUUCUAUUAUACAAGGAUUGCAUAUUAUGCAUUUAAGGGAUACAAAGGCUUCUCCUUCUCCAACAUUCCCCCUGUCUAGAGCCCUUCUCCUUCAACUCCUCUGCCCUAUGUUAUGGUAUAGGCUUGUUCCCUCGUAGUUCUUUUCUACUGGGAACCAUGGACAUGGUGAGAUAAAAGAUGACUAGAGGGUGAGGAAGGUCAGAUUGUGAAUGUGGUGCCCGGUUCAGAUCUUUGUUUAAUUUUAUCAAAUUGGACCGUCUGAAAGGUGAAUAAAUGGUUAGAUGGGCUGGUAGAGUUGGAUGAGAUGGGCUUGAACGAUUUAAAAUUAGAUGAGUAGGAGGAUUGAAAAUAUGUUAAAUACGUUUAUUAAUAGAGGGGGUAUUUCAUAGAUCUGAAAAUGAAUUUUUUAACAUUUAAAA